CAUCCACAUCUUUUUAGUAUUUGAGCCACUUAAUACAAAUACAAAAAAUAUUUUUUUUUCAACUAGUUUGGAACCAGUGAGGAAAGAAACAGACUUCGUUAAAACAAGAUCAACACAUACGCACCGAAACUAAAGUGUAUUUACUGCUCAGACGUAUAGACAUCUGAUUAGUAGAAAGAAAUGGAUUAAUACAUAAUCACACGUGAUAAACCUCCUUUUCGUUAAAGGUUGAAACUUUAAAUGCUGCAAUAUGAGAGAGACCAAAGCUGACCUGUCCCAGCUCCAACAAGAGUCUACUCUAGCCUUCCUACCAGCUCUGCUCUACCUGUCCCUGCUGAUGGUCACAGGUAGUAUCGGUAACUGUCUGGUUCUGAUCGUCUAUUGCACAAAGAUUAGCAAAACACCGCUCAGGGUAUUUAUUAUGGGCAAUACGGUUGUGGAUUUCCUGAUAAUGGUUAUUGUUAUACCAGGUGAGAUCUAUGAAUUGUUUCAUUUUUAUGAUUUUGACUGGCCAAUCGUGUGCAAGAUUCGCAAGUAUCUGACUUGUAUACUAAUCAUGUCUUCUGCUUCUUUUCUGGUUGUCAUAGCAAUAACAAGAUACAAGAUGGUCUGUAGUCCAGCUGAGAAACAAGUCACUAUGACCCAAUCUAAACGUAUCAUUGUUUUGUUAAUCUUCAAUUCUCUAAUAUUAUCAAUUCCCUAUUUCGUCCUCCAUGGAACACAAACAAUUAAAACGCCAUUCCCGAACCUUGACGGCCAUUCUUGUCAACUGGACGACCUCUACGUCAACACAAUUUGGCCCAAGGUUAACUCUGCUUUAUUUUGUCUUAUUUUUAUGAUCUGUACUGUAGCAAUGGUCACUGCUUACGUUCGUAUUGCACGAAAAAUCUGGACACACAAGAUAGCUAAGAGACGCAAUGAGCAGAGGCGGAUGAAGCCUGCACAGCGGCACUCGGUGUGGUUCAUCGAAACGUCAACAUCCCCAGUGUUGGGACGAAAAAAUGCUACGCCACCUAGAGGGGGAACUAAUCGUGAUCUACUGCAAGGAAUUAAGGAGAUAAAUAAUUCAAAUUCCGACACUGCUCAUUUAAAUAAUGUAAAUAAAAAGGAUGCCACAUCUGCUACAAGUGCUGUAAACAGCCAUGGUGAGAUCAAUCAGGCGAAAGUAAAAACAUUCGAUAGAUCAAAGAUUUUGGGUAAGCAGCGCUUGGACGACUGUAGAACAAAUUCUUUAGAGCGGUACACUAAAAGUAUGAGGAAACAUCGCUCUUGUGAUGAGAGAAACAAGAAUGCUCUCAGCAAUAGCUGGACAGUGCUGACCACCUUGUCCAGCCCAACGCCCAGCAGUAUACCAGUAGAGAAAAAAACCAGCUUUCUCAAGUAUAAACUAGACAAGAGAAGAAGCAUUUUCAGUAAAACCUCGUGUAUGAUGCUAACUAUAAGCUUGACAAGUUUUCUGGGAGCUUUGCCCUUUCUGGCACUCCAUGUAUAUAAAGUUGUUUGUCCAGAGAAUUACGCGGCAUUGCAUGGUGUCCAAUUAGCAUUCUUUCAACUUUUCUGUAGAUCUCAUCUCUUCAACAGUGCUGUGAAUCCAAUAGUGUAUAUUCAAAAAGAUAAAAACCUCAGACGAGAAUGUUUGAAAUUGUUUAAACGUUCAUAAAACUUAUAAUGCAUAAGUAUACCGUACGGGGUAAAGUGACAUAAAAAAGUUUUUAAAAUUUUUUUUUUAAAGACAAAUAUCCACUUUAUGAAGGUGAUGACUUUUUGUAAGAGCGAAUAAUUUGCCCUUAGUAACUAAUAAAGAAUAUAUACAAAAAGGGAAACAACUGCUAACCAGUCCCUAGUCCCCCAUCCU